GCGAUGUGGACGUCGCUGGGUACCAUGACGGAGUCUGCCAGCUCCCGGGCAGCCAGCGGCCGCUUCUGGGCUGUCGUCCUGGGAGUAGCGACGGGGCUCUUCCUCUUCGGGUUCUUAAUCGGGUGGUUUGCAAAAUCUGCAGAAAAGAAGACAUCUGUGAGUCCUCAUGAAGACAUAAAGGCAGCAUUUAUGGCUGAAAUGAAAGCUGAAAACAUCAAGCAGUUUCUUCGCAAUUUUACACGGCUUCCUCACUUAGCAGGAACAAAGGAGAAUCUGCACCUGGCACAGCAAGUCCAAGCUGAGUGGAAGGAGUUUGGUUUGGAUUCCGUUGAAUUGGUUCAUUAUGAUGUCUUGCUCUCUUACCCUGAUGACACUAAGCCCAACUACAUCUCGAUAAUUGAUGAGCAUGGAAAUGAGAUUUUCAACACAUCAUUAUCUGAGCCUCCUCCUCCAGGAUAUGAGACCAUUAGAGAUGUGGUACCACCCUACAGUGCCUUUUCAGCCCAAGGAGUGCCUGAGGGUGAGUUAGUUUAUGUGAAUUAUGGCCGCACUGAGGACUUCUCUAAGCUAGAACGUGAAAUGGGAAUUAACUGUACAGGAAAGAUUGUUAUUGCCAGAUAUGGGAAGAUCUUCAGAGGAAAUAAGGUGAAGAAUGCUGAACUGGCAGGUGCCAAGGGGCUUAUUCUGUACUCGGACCCUGCUGACUACUGCGCCCCGGGAACAGAGCCAUAUCCCAAUGGUUGGAACCUUCCAGGUGGAGGAGCCCAGCGUGGAAAUGUACUAAACCUGAAUGGAGCAGGAGAUCCCCUGACACCAGGUUAUCCUGCAAAAGAAUACACCUACCGGUUAGACAAAGCCAGUGGUGUAGGUCUCCCAAAAAUCCCAGUUCAUCCCAUUGGCUAUCACGAUGCUGAGUCAUUGCUGCGUAAUAUGGGAGGAUAUGCACCACCACACAAUAGCUGGAAAGGAAAUCUGAACGUAUCUUAUAAUGUUGGUCCUGGUUUCGCAACGAAUUAUUCUACAAGAAAGGUGAAAAUGCACAUUCAUAGUAACAAUGAAGUAAGAAGGAUUUACAAUGUGAUUGGUACCAUCAGAGGCUCAGUGGAACCAGACAGAUACGUCAUCCUGGGAGGCCAUCGUGACUCGUGGGUAUUUGGUGGCAUUGAUCCUCAGAGUGGGGCAGCUGUAGUUCAUGAGAUUGUGAGGAGCUUUGGAAAACUGAAAAGGAAAGGAUGGAGGCCAAGGAGAACAGUGAAAUUUGCAAGUUGGGAUGCAGAGGAAUUUGGCUUGUUAGGAUCAACAGAGUGGGCUGAGGAAAAUGCCAAAGUAUUGCAAGCAAGAGGAGUGGCUUAUAUUAAUGCAGAUUCCUCCAUUGAAGGAAACUACACUCUACGAGUGGAUUGCACACCACUGCUCUACAGACUGGUGUACAGCCUGACUAAAGAGAUACCAAGUCCUGAUGAGGGAUUUGAAGGAAAAUCUCUUUAUGAGAGCUGGUAUAAAAAAAAUCCAUCAAGAGAAUAUAAAGAGGUCCCCAGAAUAAAUAAACUUGGCUCUGGCAAUGACUUUGAAGUCUUUUUUCAACGUCUUGGCAUCGCUUCAGGCAGAGCACGUUACAGUAAAAAUUGGGAUGUAGAAAAAUAUAGCAGCUAUCCAGUUUACCACAGUGUCUAUGAAACCUAUGAAAUUGUGGAGAGGUUUUAUGAUCCCACUUUCAAGAAUCAUCUGACAGUAGCUCAGGUGCGGGGAGGGCUUGUGUUUGAAUUGGCCAACUCUGUUGUGCUGCCUUUCGGCUGUAGAGAUUAUGCAUCAGCUGUGAGCAACUAUGCUCACAUCAUCUAUAAUUUGUCAAGGAAUCAUGAAGAGGAUCUGGCAACAUACAAUGUAUCCUUUGAUGCGCUCUUUUCAGCUGUGAAGAAUUUUACAGAAGCUGCUGCUAGCUUUCAUGAGAGACUGCAACAAGUAGAUACAAAUAACCUUCUUGCUGUGAGGUCAGUAAAUGAUCAGCUCAUGUUUCUAGAAAGGGCUUUCAUUGAUCCUCUUGGAUUACCUGGUAGGCCAUUCUAUAGACAUAUCAUCUUUGCUCCAAGCAGCCAUAACAAGUAUGCAGGAGAAUCAUUCCCAGGAAUCUAUGAUGCCAUGUUUGACAUUAAAAACAAAGCUGAUCAACGUGAAGCCUGGGAAGAAGUUAAGAGGCAGAUUUCCAUUGCAGCCUUCACUGUACAGGCAGCAGCAGGGACACUGAAAGAAGUAGCUUAAAUAUCAACAACAUAAUCAUCAAUGAAGACUACAUAUGACAGUUUGCAGAAGACUUAAAAAUGGAGCAUUUAAAAACUCUGGGAUGAUCAUUAGAAAGAGCACAAAAUCCAAACCCUCUUGUUCUUUGUAAUUAAUAUACACAAGUGGAAUACAUUUAGCAUUGUUAACAAGGUGAUGUACUCCAUUCAGAGAGCACAGGCUUUCAAUACCUUCUGAAGUGAGAGGGAAAAGUUUUGUAUUUUUACAAUUGCUAAUCACUGGGUUUAUUUUCAGAGCUUUGAGUUUUGCUAGUUUGAUUAUUCUAGCAGUCUUCACAGAGCAUCAGGAAAGCAGAAGUCAUUUCAUGUUGAUUCGUUUCUAAUUUUAUUGUCAACUUUUUGUCAUUUACCUUGGAGUUGCAUAAUUGGACUCUAAUACAGCCCUUUCAACUCUCCUUUUACACAAAGAUUUAUGUAUCAAUGUGGGAAAACUCUCCAUUUGCUGUACGUGCCACUGGGACUGAGUUCUAAACAAAAAGCAAAGAAUUAAAGAAGAGCUGUCUGUACAUUCAGCAAUAUAAUUUCAUGUGACUCAUUUACUAGGAUGACACAAAGAAACAAAGGUCAUAGUUCACAUUUAUGAACAAAAUCAGGCCAAUGACAUGUUCCAACAAAUGAAGACAUCUAGUUCCUACCAGACAAUUGAGGAGCAAUGGAUAAAUAAGUUGUCAUAAAAGCACUGUCUGUUAGUAUGUUCUUGGAAACUUUGUAGCUGCACUAAGAAAUACUUCCAGUCCAUUGGUUCUAAAAGCUCAAAAAAGUGUGAACUAACUACUUGAGCAAGGAGGUUAUGCUAUGAAGCAGUCUACUAAGGAAAAGCAGACAAUGAGAAGCCAAAUACAGGAAUAAGUGCUUUUUAAGCAUCUGUAUUUUUUGUCAGAUCUGCCAGGGUACUUCAGGGGCAUAGCUAUUAAUGAACUCAAGCCAUGAGUGUGAAAUCCUUUCCUAUACAAGAAGUCAAGAUAAGGCUUGAGUGCUAAUUCUCCUUCAGCGAAGCAGAACUUCAAACAGCAUAAUAAGUCUUUUUUUUUCUAGAUUUCUACGUUGAGUUGAAAAUCACUCUUAACACUGCCAAGUGCAGUUGACCAGACUAGCUGUUUUGGCUCUCAAGCUUUCAUACUAUUCUACAGUAGUUGUCCAACAGACUGUUGAAUUAAAGAAAAAAAACAACAAAAUAAAUCAGUUGUUAACAGGAACAAACCCUAAAAUCAACUAUGUUGAAUUUACAGUUUAUUGAUCAUCUAAUGAGACAGUUGUUCAUGUAAAUACAGAUCUUUUCAGAUAGAGAGAGCCAUUAGCAGAUUUGUUUACUGUGCUCAACUUUCAGUUCUUUUAUUUUCUAAAUAUGCUGUAAUUAAUACUUGGAAGAAUUCAGUUCCUAAUUCCAGACAGGUCCUUGCAAACACUCACUUGGCUUUUAGAAUCAUAGAAUGGUAGGGGUUGGAAGGGACCUUUAGAAAGUAUUUAGUGCAACCCCCCUGCAGAGGCAGGUCCACCUAGAUCAGGUCACACAGGAACAUGUCCAGGCGAAUCUUGAAGACCUCCAAGGAAGGAAACUCCACACCCUCUCUAGGCAGCCUGUACCAGUGCUCCCUCACCCUUCCAGUUACUGCAGGUACCUUACAGUUACUGUAGAUAAAUUUACCAAGUCAUUGGUUUAUAUACAGUGGCAGGUGAUUGAAUUAAAAUACAAGAAGCUUUAGAAGUAUUCAGGAAGCAGAGGGAGGAACCUGGCUGGCACUGUGGCAUUACUGAAAGCAUUCCUUCCAAUUUGAGCAAUUACAUUAAAGAAUCUGAAUGUAAAAUGAUUUUUUUUUUAAUAAAGUACUUCCUCCCAGGUGAUUACAAAUUGAAUGCUCCAAACAAUGACCAUCCUGUGCUGUAAAAGUUAAAUCAAAUGAA